AUGGCUGCAGAUUCAUCUACCCAGCUGCAGGUAGAGAUUCCACCACCCAGCUUCAUCUACAUGGCUGCAGAUUCAUCUACCCAGCUGCAGGUAGAGAUUCCACCACCCAGCUUCAUCUACCCAGCUGCAGGUAGAGAUUCCACCACCCAGAUUCAUCUUGCAGCUUCAUCUACCCAGCUGCAGGUAGAGAUUCCACCACCCAGCUUCAUCUACCCAGCUGCAGGUAGAGAUUCCACCACCCAGCUUCAUCUACCCCCAGCUGCAGGUGCAGGUAGAUUCCACCACCCAGCUUCAUCUACCCAGCUGCAGGUAGAGAUUCUACCACCCAGCUUCAUCUACCCAGCUGCAGCUUCAUCUACCCAGCUGCAGGUAGAGAUUCCACCACCCAGCUUCAUCUACCCAGCUGCAGGUAGAUUCCACCACCCAGCUUCAUCUACCUGCACCCACCCAGCUUCAUCUACCCAGCUGCAGGUAGAGAUUCCACCACCCAGCUUCAUCUACCCAGCUGCAGCUUCAUCUACCCAGCUGCAGGUAGAGAUUCCACCACCCAGCUUCAUCUACCCAGCUGCAGGUAGAGAUUCCAGCUUCACCCAGCUUCAUCUAUCUACCCAGCUGCAGGUAGAGAUUCCACCACCCAGAUUCAUAGCCUAG